ACUCGUUAGCCCAGGAUAAAGCUUUAGUGAGAUACAGCGUGGAUAAAUCUCUUUGGGGAAAGUGAUGAGUCAGGUAGAUCUGCAUGUGUGCCUACAUGUGUCUGAGGAGAAGAAAAGGUUUAGCGAUUGUCUCACUGAGGGAAGACGCUGAGUCCUCUGUGGCUAUCUGUGGCGAGUAGAGGACAGAUGUGUGAUCGAUUUUGCUUCUGAAUCACAAGUAAUCCACAUCUGGAGAACCAGACAUUUUACACAUUUACACUACUUUUCAACUAUUCUUUCCACUGUGUCAGCAUGGAUAUUGGUGGCCUGACAACAGUGGUGGCCAACUCUGCCUACAUCUCUGCCCGUGGGAGCUUCGAUGGCACUGCUAACCCUGCUGCCAACCGGGACAAAAAGUACCGUUCUCGUCUGAAGCUGCCUCACAUCACAGUUUGUGAAGGUCUGCGGGAAACGUUGGACCUCGACUUUCACACCGUCUGUGUAGAUCAACCCAUCGGCAAACGUCUUUUCCAGGAGUUCUUAGACUCCAACAAUGAGUAUAAGGGUCCCUGCCGUCUGUGGAAGGACAUUGAGGAAUACAACAUGGCUGAGGAUGAAGAUCGAGCCAAUAAAGCCGCCAAGAUCUUAUCUCGGUACAUGGAGCCUAAUGCCAAGUAUUAUUGCCCCUUUCUGCCAGAAAAUGGCAUCACAAAGGUGAAAGAGAAAUACAAAGAGGCUGGGGAUGAUCUUUUCAAUGAGACCAUGGACAGUGUGAUGGACUUUCUCAAGGAAGUGCCCUUCACCUUCUUCCUGGAGAGUAUGUAUCUAAAGAGGUUUCUGCAGUGGAAGUGGCUGGAGAUGCAACCUGUAGGGGAGGACUGGUUCUUGGAUUUUCGCGUGUUAGGUAAAGGGGGGUUUGGGGAAGUGUCUGCCUGUCAGAUGAGAGCCACGGGAAAACUGUACGCCUGCAAGAAACUCAACAAGAAGAGACUGAAGAAGCGAAAAGGUUAUGAGGGGGCGAUGGUGGAGAAAAGGAUCCUGGCUCGAGUCCACAGCAGGUUCAUAGUUUCUUUGGCUUAUGCCUUCCAAAGCAAAACAGAACUAUGUCUGGUCAUGACCAUCAUGAACGGAGGAGACCUCAGGUUAGAUCUGACGGCAUCUACAUGUUGUCUUAACAAUCUUUGUGUAACAUCAGUUCCUAAAUAUCUUCAUGCAUCUUUACCACACUUUCCAAGGUAUCACAUCUAUAAUGUGGAUGAGAACAACCCAGGCUUUGAUGAGUCGCGAGCUUCUUACUACGCUGCACAGAUCAUCCAAGGGCUGGAGCACCUCCACCUGAAGAGGAUCAUCUACAGAGAUCUCAAACCAGAGAAUGUGCUGCUGGACAAUGAAGGGAAUGUACGGAUCUCCGACCUCGGGCUGGCUGUGGAAUUGGCUGAUGAUCAGUUCAAGAUCAAAGGCUACGCUGGAACUCCAGGUUUCAUGGCUCCAGAGCUUCUUAAAGGAGAGGAGUAUGAUUACUCUGUGGAUUAUUUUGCUCUGGGGGUCACGCUCUAUGAGUUUCUGGCUGCCAAAGGACCCUUCAGGACCCGUGGAGAGAAAGUGGAGAACAAGGUGAUGAAGAAGCGGAUUCUGAAUGAUCCCGUGACUUAUCCUGAGAAGUUCAGUGAGGAAGCUCGGUCCAUCUGUGAGGGUCUGCUGUUCAAAGAGGUCGACAGGAGGCUUGGAUUCAAGGAUGGGUCGUGUGAUGAGCUCAGGGCGCACCCGUUUUUCCGCGAGAUCAACUGGAGGAAACUGAAUGCAGGCAUUUUGAAUCCUCCCUUCGUCCCAGACUCAAAGACGGUGUAUGCCAAGGACCUUGAUAAUGUUGGCGCCUUCUCUACUGUGAAAGGUGUGGCGUUGGAAGACGUUGACAAAAGUUUUUUUGACGAGUUUGCCUCGGGGAACAUCUCCAUCCCCUGGCAGGAAGAGAUGAUCGAUACUGGGAUCUACGGAGAGAUGAACAUCUGGGGCCCCAGCGGCACUCUGCCCAAUGACCUGCGACGUGAAUCCAUCCUGGAGCAGCCGCCCAAGUCCUCCACCUGCACGGUGUCAUGAGAGAUGGCUGCUAUGAAGGAAUGAUUAUAUAUGGAUUUGUUGUGCACUUUUCAUGCAAUAUAUAUGGGGUGCCAUUUGUAAAGUCAAACGGCCAUAACUAAACAACAAUAUUUAGGGUUAUUUAGCCUAUUAUAAGAGAAAAAUGGGAGUUCAUUUUUCAAAAUUAUAUUUUCACCAUACCAUAAAUGUUUAGUUAGCAAGCUGAAUAUUUAAUUUAGAGCUAAAUUUUUCUUUUACAAACAAAAUAUUUAGGUCUUAUCUAAAUAUUUUGUUUAGUAAAAUAACUAUUUAAUUUACUAACUAAAUAUUUUAUUUUGAGCAAAAUAUUUAGUUUACAAACUAAAGAUUUUGCUCCAAAAUAAAUUAUUACUUUGGGGCUAAACCUAAAUAGUGAUUUUGCAAAUGUGUUUGUGUGUGUGUGUGUGUGUGUGUGUGUGUGUGUGUGUGUGUGUGUGUGUGUGUGUGUAUGCGUGCGCCUCAGACAAAUCUUGAAACGGAGGCAUUUGGAGUCAGUCAUCCAUGCCUUCAUUACCUCUCACCUGGACUAUGCAAAUGCCCUCCUCGUUGGUGCUCCGGUCUCUGCCCUGAAUCGGCUGCAGGUCAUCCAGAACGCUGCUGCCAGGUUCAUGACAAAUACGCACCGACGUAGUCAUAUUACCCCUGUCCAGACACAUCUUCACUGGCUCCCUGUCAUUUUCCGAGUACAGUUUAAGUUAUUGACUUUAGUCUUUAAUGCAUUUAAUGACCUGGUACCUCCCUAUCUCUCUGACCUGCUCACUCGUAUGUCAUGAGCCGGGGUGAGUACGCUUCCCAUCUUCACCAUCUCUGAGUGUUCUGUUUGCAGGAGAGGGAGCGGCAGCUGCAUCUCGUCAGCUAAUCAGCGAGUUGGAUACUUAAGGAGGAUGGUGAACACUACUCGAUGCCGGAUGAUUGCUACUGACUGGUAGUUUCUAGCCACUUGUACUCGUCUCUAGGUCUCCACGUGUAUUGUGUGACCUUUUGGAACUCUCGUAACUCUUGGAUGUUUUUGAACAACCUACCUCAGGUCUUGCUUCGCAUAAGGAAAGCCCACGCUAAAUCCAUAGGACUCCACACCGGCUCCUCUUCUUCAUUCAGCCAUCCACCUGUCCGGACCGGCUCGCUCUCCAUCACCCCCCCGCUCCCUCUCCAGCUCCGAACCUUCCUCUUGGACAAACCUCCGGCUCACUACCUCCCCUUACUCACCUAGUCUCCUCGACCUCCGUAAGUCCCCACUCAUUACUCCCCUUCUGGACUAUAUCUCCCAGGACUCACCUCUGUUGUUCUCUCCUCUAGAUGCUGCCUUCCCGUUCCUUCACCCGCUGGACUUCCAGUGUGCCCUUAGUUAACGCUCUCCUUUAAUAAAAGAUUGUUAUUUUUCCUUCAAUCGUUGUCCUGUACUGAUUCUGCAUGUCUUGGGUUAGACUCUUGCCCCAAACAAUGACAAUGUACCCACGUGCAUGUUGAGGUCGGCUGACCUCCUGCUGCUUUGCACUCCCUGGAUGUGAUACAAAUCACGGGGUGAACGAGCAUUUGUACAUGCUGCCCCAAAGCUGUGGAACUUGUUACCCAUUAAAGUUCGACAGGCUCCAUCAUUGGCGGUUUUUAAAUCUCGUUUAAAGACUCACUUCUACGAUGUAGCUUUUAGACAGUGACUCGUUAUAUUGUGUUAUUGUUUUAAUGUGUUCUUGGUAUUCCUUAUGUUUUAUCUGUUUUGAUCGGUUUUUUUUCUAUUUUAGUUGCUUGGAUUGGUUGUGUUUUGGUUAGCCUGGGCAGCUAUUGUGCUAUAUAAAUAAACUGUUGUGUGUGUGUGUUAAAUAUUUAGGUCAGACCUAAAUAUUUAGUUUGUAAAAUAAAUAUGUAACUCUAAUUAGUUAUCUUGCUAACUAAAUAUUUAGUUGGGAACUUUAACAUUUAGAAAUUUAUGAAUAAAAUGGUGAAAAUGUGACUUAGAAAAAUAAACUCUUUCUUUACUCUUAAGAUUGGCUAAAUAAUCCAAGAUAUUGCUGUUAAGUUAUGACUGUUAUGACUUUACAAAUGGCACCCCAUAAAUAUCAGGGGCACAAUUGAAGUCAAACAAAUGAUAAUGAUGAAGAUCUAUUUAUGCAGUUCUGAAAGAUAAUAACCCAUUUACUUUUGCAGCCCGUUUCACCAUCAGAGUUUUUCCGUUUAUUUGAACUAAUGCUUUUUCCUUUAGUAAACAUUUUUUCUUGUGUUGUUUUUAUUCCUAAUAUUAUCACUAUGAUUUGAGUUUUACAUGAAUAUUGCAUGUAUAAAAAGCAAAAACAAAGCAUUGAGUUUCCUCACCUCUCAGCUGAUUAUAUUGAAGAUUCAUAACAUGUUUCUGUCCUAUUUUUCUGCUUCUUCCUGAUGUUUUUAGACCUGAUUAAAUCACUUUUGCAUUAA